GAAGAACAAUCUGGAUCAAUAAUCAAUCUGAUCAGGAAACUGAGGGAACAUUUGAUUCUACAGUUGUGUAUCUGUGCUGAGUCUGUUUUCAUGUUGUUGUUUAUUAUUGUUUGUUGUGUUUCCAAACAAUAAUCCACUGGUGCAUUAUGGGUAAGAACAAAAUGCUCGUAGCAGACGUGCAUCAGUGUUUUCCUUUGUUUUGUUGUUGUCUCAUGUUUUAAUAAACUGCAAUAAAAUCAAUCAGCUGAGACUUCCUGAUAACCCUUUCACAAUAAUAGUCUCAGAGAGCUCAGUCUGGUGGUUUUACCCACUGGUCUGACUCUGACUGAAGAACAUUAGAACCUCUUCACUGUUCUCUGGACAACAUGAAGCCCAGAAACAGUCUACACCUGGCCUACACCUGGUCUGAAACACCAGCUUCACCCUGAUCACAUCAGGUCUGAAUAAAUGUGAGUCAUAAAUCUAACAUGACACAAACUGGGUCAGAAUCCUGCUAUGAUUGGCUGCUUCACACCUGAGCCCUCAGAGGUCUGAGGUUCAGCAGCAGGAUGAUGAUGAUUACACACCUGCACACCUGUUAUUACCAGAGUCAGGCCGUGUGACACGUGAGCGCGCGCACACACACACACACACACACACACACACACACACACACACACAGUUAUCUGCUGACUGUAAUGUCAACAGUACCUGAGCAUCCAAUAUCCUGUGUGUGUGUGUGUGUGUGUCCUGUCAUCAUCAUCUCAGCAGGUGACUGACAGGUGCACCAUGGCAACGCUGCCUCUGGAGACACACACACACACACACACACACACACACACACACACACACACAGAGGCUCAGCAGGACACGCCUCCCUCAGUCCGUCCUCAGACUCAGAGCUGAUCAGACUGAUGGUCUCAGAUCAGAUUUAAACGACAACUGUGAAGAUCAAAGAAAUCAUCAAUCGACAGCAGCAACAUCUGCCGAUCAUCUGGUUUGACCUUUGACCUCUGAUUGGCUGUUGGGCUCUGUUGCCUCUGAAAAACGAGAGGAUUCAUGAUGUGACUUGUUCCCAGGACUUCCUCAGACUGUGGUUCCUCUGCUGGAUUCUCCCUUUCCUGGACAGGUUCAGACUCAAAGCUGAUCACAUCUCCGUGGUGACAGAGAUCAAACCGGCCGGUCUGUUUAUAUCAGAACAACACAGGUCUGUUGUUACUGUCAGGUUUCUAAGGACACAUUCUGAAACGAUCGGCCUGGACGAGCUGCAGUGAAGAGGCGAGCAGCAGCUGUAACAGAUCUGCUGUUCUUCUGUGACUCAUCUAACCUUAAACCAUGCUGAUCACAUCUCUGUGGUGACUGAGGUCUGUUUAUACCAGGUCUGGACCUCAGGCGUCCACAGUCCGGUGUCGUCAGCGUCGGGUUCAGACGACCUGAUUCGAAGAGAUUUGAACUUCGUCUUGGAGCCAAAGGAAGCACUUCACUCCUGAAACAGCAGUGAGACUCAUAACCUCAGGUUUCUCUCAACAGUCGUCAAGCGUUGAAAAGUAAUUAUAUGAUUUUAAUUGUUUCACAAGCUGCAACAGCAGAAAUAAGGAUAAGAAAUCUGAGAAACAAGUUUGAAUAGAAACUUUGAUGUCAGUUUCUCCACAGAGCGCUGAGCAGGAGGUGGAGGACAUUUCACUCGUCUACUUUCUGCAUGUUUAUGAAGGAGAUCUGUUGUCCAGGAUAUCUUCACAUGUUCAGAGCAAGACGAACAUUAUCACCACACGUCUUUGCUGCAGUUUCACCUCCUGCCUUUUACUGUUCCAUCCAGGUGAAUUAUUGUAUUUCCUGCCUGAGGUGUGACAGGUAUCAUUACCAAACACUCUCCAUUAAAUGUGACUAAAUGAAUCUCAACAAACUAACACUGGGAUCCAUCUUUAUUUCUGUUUCUCUCCAGAUGUGACUGUGGUCAGUUGCUCCCAGCCUGACGAGCAGGACGCAAAUCACACAGAUUAUCAAAUUACCUCUCGUUUCUAGAGCUUUCACCCAUAUCUCAUGGCCUUCUUCAGUAGAUGGAGUUGAUCAGUUGUCGUGGAGAUAGUCCGGUUGUUAAAAUGUGAUUACACAUGUUGACUUGAAAGUUGGGAGUUUUCUCAGAGCAGCACCUGGUGGACAUUAGAGGAACUGCAGCACAACGGUUUCCUGCUGCUUCUGGACAGUAAGGUUGUAUAAAAGAGUCCUCUCAUGUCCCGUUUGAGCUGUGACGUAAUCAGUGACACACUUCCUGUCCUGUGAAGAUGGUGAACGCUCUGAGGACGCUGUACGCCGCUCUGAUGGCUCUGUCCAGCAUGGCCUCCGUCUGUGGGAACCUCCUCCUCCUGGUUGUGCUCCUCCUGAACAAGGAGCUUCGGUCCGACACGCUGGGCCUUGUCCUGAGCUUCAGCCUCAGCGACCUGGCCCUUGGACUCUCCACCAUCCCCUUCGGAGCCCACAACAGCCUCUCCCAGCCCUCUGGAUAUCCCAGCGAGGGCGCCUUCUGUCAGGGCAACGGCUUCAUCUUCCUCCUCCUGCAGACUUCCUCCAUCCACUCGCUCACCUGGGCGACUGUGGACAAGUUCACGGAGAUCUGCUUCGCCCUCAGCUACCGCAGCAUCUGGACGGCCGGCCGGAGCCGGGUGGUGCUGGUCCUGGUCUGGCUGUUCUGUCUGGUCGCCGCCACCCUGCCCCUGCUGGGGUUCGGCAGCUACGUCUACAGCGAGUCGAGGUUCCUCUGCUGUCCCAGCUUCACACCUGAGAACAGGUACUUUGUGGUGCUGUGGAUGCUGCUGGGAAUCGUGGCACCGAUCUUCACCAUGUGCUCUCUGUAUGGAUACAUCGUCUACGUGGCCAGGAAACAGGCCCGGAGGGGAACCUUCAUGUGCAAUGAGCUGCACUGCUUCUAUGUCCCUGCCAACAAUUACCUGAGGAGCUCCAUUGUCAUGGUUACAACCUCAGGUGAGUUCAUGCUCUGUUCUGAUUGGUCCCUGGCAUGACCUACCUGCCCCUUCUGUCUUUACAAACUAAAACAAUUUGUCCUAACUUUGUUCAAAAUCUCUCAUUUUUUAAAAGUCCAGAGAUCCCAGUCCCAGUGUGUCUAAAAUUAAUAAGUAGUCAUGUUGAAUAUUAUUUGAAGGUACUUGGUGAAGAUCAAAGUAUUAAUCAGGAAAUGGUUAGAUUACAGUACAGGUUAUUAAUCAUCUUAUUUCAUUGUAGUACAUUUCUGCCUUAAUGCCUAAGUUAUUCUUUAACGUAAAGAACCUUGCAGUAAAAUGUUUCAGAAAAACUUACAUUAUACGUAUUUAACAAAAGUUCCAUGGAUCGUGUUCUAGUAAGAUUUUUGAUCUGCUCCUGUUUUAAUCAGCUGCUGCAACAAACUCAAAACCACCAUCUAUUGUCUUUAUAGAUUAGGUCUAAUGGUCAUUUCCAAGCACAGAGUCAUGAAACAAUCACCAACACAUUCUCUGAUUAUUAUCAGCUGCUCUUUUGUUCAUUGUUAAGCUACAGGAUGUUUCACAUUAAAAGUCUAUAUGUGUUAGAGUCCCUUUCUUCCCUGAAAACCUUUAAUGUGAAACAUCUGCGCAGGAAGUGUGAUUCAGUGACAGGAACUUAACAGUAGUAGAUGAUGAGAAGCUGAGAGGUGAAUGUAUCCACAGCGCUCCUAAACAUCCGCAGACAUCAUCAACGGAUGUUGACAGAACAUGUAUGAGAACAUGAAACUGGUCAUAAACCAAUGCAAACAACAGAGUCAUGUGUCAGUGUUUAAUGACUCUCAUUACAGUGACACACAGUCAUAACAUGCUGCUCCCGACCUCUACAGCUACUCCAGACCUUUACAACUAGUCCCCACACCUCUACAACUAUUCCUGACCUCUAGAACUAGUCCCCACACCUCUACAAGUAGUCCUGGCCUAUACAACAAUUCCAGACCUCUACAACUAGUCCUCAGACCUCUACAACUUGUCCUCAGUCUUCUACAACUACUCCUCAGACUGUUUCACUGUUUGGUUCUGAUUUGGUCGUCUGGUGAAAGCUCUUGUUCUUGUUCUCAGUGUGUUUGCUGGUCUGCUGGCUGCCAUACAUCUCAGUGUGUUUGUAUGAGACGUUCAGCGGUCAGCAGAGUCCGGCUGUGACCUCCGCCCUCUCUGCCUGGCUGGUUCUGACCAGCGCUGCCCUCAACCCCUGGAUCACCUGCAUGACGCAGACGUACGUAAGACUCAGCAAAUGCAAAGGCUGUAAACAGUCUAUGCUGCUUCAUGUGAGGUGGUUCCAUCACAGAGUAUUAGUUAGAUUUGCUGUGAAAGAACCAUUCAAACUCCCGUCUGUCUGUUCAUGUGUCUCCAGUAGGUACAGGGCAGCAGUGCGUCAGAGCAUCGGCAGGUUUAUUCGAAGGUGUCCAUGUUCUGGGACAUGCCCACAGAGCUCCACCCUCCACCUGCACACAACCAAUUGCAUCAGCGUGACGACGACGUCAACACGUCCUCUGUCAUCUCCAAAAACACCGGUACCAACAGCACCAUGACCAAUGUGAUCCACAGCCACCACUGUGACAUCUUCAUUAGACAGAAACAUCUGCCGUAUCUACAGGAACAGGCCGAACUGUGACCGUUAGAGUGCAUUUUAGGAAAUAUAGUUCCUCCUUCCAUUUUUAGUUCAUUUGAUUUAAAGACAAUCCUUCUCCACUACAUUCAAAAAAUUGAUUCCAGAGGAGAUAACAAAGACAGUUAGCUGACACCUGCAUCUUCUCCUCUGAAGUUAAUACUCUCUUUACUUUCACACCUCCACCCACCUGGAUCAACACUGCAUCAACCCCAACCCCUACAUUUCAGCUUCAGAGAGGAUAUUUCACACACUGUUCAAUAAUGACAGACUUAGUGAAACUAUUGUAAUAAAGUGACUAUUGAUGUAAUUUAUUGAAUCAAAAUGUGGAUUUAAUGUUAAGUUACUGGUGAAUCUCACUGUGACCAACUGGAGCUGUAAAAGCCAAAUAAAUCUCAACCACAGCAGUUUAACAUGUAAGGAAACUGAAAACUCAGGUUGUAAUAAGUAUUUAUAUAAUAAUAAUCACAAUAAAUGGAUAUAACAUGGUCUCACAUGGUGUCAGUCAACAUGGUGCUUUUUUGUCUCGAUUGUUCAGAUAAAUUUUAAAAACCUUUAUCAUUUCCUACUCCUUCUGUUUAUGUGCAAAUUACUGUUCCCAGAACUCUAUGAGUCCAGACCUCUAUGAGUCCAGACCUCUACAGGUCCAGACCUCUGUGAGUCCAGACCUGUGUGAGUCCAGACCUCUACAACGAGUCCCCAGAUCUUCGCAGAUUUUCCUUUCCUGCUCCCUCUGUUGAUGUGUAAACUGAGGUUUGUUUAUAUUGUGAUUUUCUAUUCAUUAACCAUUUGUUUAUUAUCAGUAUUGUCAAUCACUGAGCAGCUUCAGACUGAUCUCAGAGCAGCUGUUGACCUGUAAUAAACCAAACUUGAGUCUGUAUACACGUCAGAGGUCAGGUGA